AAUAAGAUCACACGUGACUAUAUUUUUCAUUACAUAUAAAUCACAAAACAUAAAAAAGAAAAAAAAAAGUUGUUAAAAGGUGCUAAAGUCGAAACGUACCAGUAAAACAAAAAGAGGUAGUACAUUCUUGUAUCAAAUUGAGAUUAUUGCUUGUUAUUAGUUGUUGAUCGACCCAAAAAGUAAAACCAUAUUUCCUAACAUAAUUCGAUUGAUGCAGCGGAAGAAGAAGCUGGCAACUUCGGAUCUCUUGCAAAUGACAACAAACCAUAUAAAGAACAUGGAGAAGGGUGUAAAAGGACUAAAGGAUAAAAGAGAUGAAUUACUGAGAAUGAUGAGAUCAGCUGCUGGAAAUUCAAUCAAUAGUAAUACUUCGAAACAGCAGCAAAAUCAUCAUGUCACAGUAAAACCUUGUAAAGAUGGACUCAUAGAAGUUACUGUUAGUAGUGCAUUGGAUGACGACGAUCAUGAGAAUAACAACCGAGGCUUUCGCCUUUCGAAAAUUCUCCGUUUACUAGGUGAAGAAGGGCUAAAUGUGAUCAACUGCUCUUCAGCAAGAAUUGACAGUAAUUUGGCUCACACCAUACAAGCACAGGUUGAUGAUGGGAGAAGAAUUGAUCUAUGUCUACUGCGGCAGAUAUUGACGGAUCACUCGUGAAUUAUGAAUUAUAAAAUCAUAUUUUCAUAGGGAGCACGUAUUGUAUUGCAUUGUACAUGUACAGAGCAUUUUUCAAUUUAUUGUAAGAGCAUCUUAGACUAGAUUUUAAGGACGAUAAAGAUUUGCCGAUUUGCUGUUUUGCAGCAAUAAGCAGUAUACUGCA